CCUGACACCUUAAAGGCCGGUCUGUGAAAAUAUUAUCGGACAUAAACCGGUCUGUGGCGCAAAAAAGGUUGGGGAUCGCUGAGCUAACUGAUCUGUUGUGGCGACAUGCUGGCGUCUUGUGACCUCAACAACUAAGAAGGAAGAAUGUUGAGUCAUUACGUACCAUCAGCCCACCUGAAACACUGAUCCUGGCAUUCUGGAGAACAAAAUGAAGAAGACCUCAUGUACACACAUACUUAACCACACAGGAUGCCUGUAACGUUUCGGAUUGAUUUUUUUCUGACCACCAAAACUUGUGUUGGUUUAGAAACUCGCUGAAACUCUGACCUUCUAAUUCCCUGAAAGCCAGUGCAGCUUGAAGUUUCUCAGGCAGGGGAAGAGAUGGUCGAUCCGACUCCUGCUGAAAACAAAUAGGGUCAGGGUUUUUUUCUUUUCUUUCUUUUUCUAUUUUUUUUUAAGACAUAACAAACGGACAACUCUUAUUCACAUACGUUUUGACUGAGCUUUGCUCUCGGGAUAAUACAACUUCAGUGUUUUGUUUUUUCAGAAUUACUUUAAAGAUUCGACAUGUCACCUGUCCAAGAUACAAAACAAAGAGAAAUGCUCCUUAAAUGAUAAUCCUGAAAAAUACAGUUGUUAUAGUCUAAGUAUGGUGGACGAGUUCAGUAAUUUCGCAUUCAAACAAAGAAACAUCCAGACAGGCAACAGACUGUGGCUGGGGUGGAUAUCAUCUAUUAGUAUCCUUUGGGCUUUUGGGCAGGCCCCAAUAUUACUGAUGCUUAACUGAAGCUCGGUGAUGACCAAGCCUUUCAGUCCUGGUCUGUGCAAAUCUCAUUCAAGUUUUGAAUCUUUCCUGUAUGCCUCUCUAAUGUGCAGACUGUAAUUUUAGAGUCUAAAAAGAUCUCUUAAAGCUGAUUUGAGUUUAAUAAACAUGCUUGGGGAAUUUUAUUUAAAUUCUGAUCUAAUUGAUUUUAAAUUUAAAUACAAUACCACAAAUCAAUAUGUUAGGGUAAUAGUUGAAUUGGUGAUUCUAAGGUAGGUGUGAAUACGAGCACAAAUGGUCAUCUGUCUCUGUUAGCCCUGCUAUACACUGCUGAUCUGUCCACGGUGCACCUCUUGUCCAAUUGCAAGUGUAAUAUCCCGCAGGCCCAACGUAACCCUAAAUCGGAUAAUUGGAAGAAAAUGGAAUCUGCAGACAAGUUGACUAAUCAAGAAAAUAAUCUGCAGUUGCAGCCUUACUUGCAAUGUGCUGUGAAGCAUUUUUCGAAAACGCCUUUUCCUUUUUUCAUGUCUUUGUACAGGCAAAAUGCUUCAUAGUAAAAUCUUUAAUUUGUAGCUCUUCUUAGAGGAAUAUGAUGGUAGUCAGUGUGGGAGUUGGAGUCAUUUUUAAUGGUGGAUAACUCAUUUUGGAGCAAAGCCAUUCAUAUGUGUGUUUUUCUCCAGCACUGAUCUCUCUUGAGAAACAAAUGCUGGGAAUUGAUCUUUGAAGUGCUCAGGCUUACGAAGUGGGGAACCACAACUUAGCUGCUCUUCUGCUUGCCUGCUGAGAUAAUCUGUCCGAGUGAGAUUGAUUUUUGAUUUGGCUGAAGCUUUCUGAAGAUGCAGCUCCUUUUUGUUUUAUUCAUAAGUUCACUCAUGACUCUUCCACAGUAGCUGAUGCUAAUAGCCUUGGUCAGCCUUCUUAUCUCCGGUUCCUCAGCUGAUUCAUAAUGCCUUAAGGCGUGGGAGCUCAGUACGCUCAUUUAGGAUGGCAAUUAUAUGAGAGUGGCAGUGAUCAUUCUCGGUAUCUCCGCUCAGUGGAGAGGAGAUGGGAAAUUGCAUUGAGUAUCCAGUGUUAUCAGUGAUAAUUCUGCAUGUCUGACAGAGAAGAUGGAGGCUUCUACUGUGACUUAAUCGUAAUCCUCUGAUUUUAGUGCCGGUGUGAGAGAGAGGUGCUGAAAACCUCUUCACAGCAGCGUCUUAUUGUCUCCUCAGCAGGGAAAGUUUUUCCCAGUGCACAAGUAAAAGGCUACUGAAGAGCAAAAGCUAAUGGGUUGCCAAGUUGCAAUAGUCACUUCACCAGGGGAAAUUAGGUCUUCCCACCCAGCCUGGGUCCUAUAAGAAGAGGAAGGAUAUGGGGCACACAUACACACAAAGUUGAAUGGACAGAGCUUUUAUUUAUUUAUUUAUGAGAGGAAGACCAGGGAGGAACAACAAUGCUAAUCCUGAUGAGGAAAUACAGCUCCUUUGUGUUUGGAGUGGGCUUGUUGUCAAGCAAGCAGCUGCUGACAUCAUGUGAAUAGACAGUGCCCAGACCACAUUUCAAGGGGGCUGAGAGGCAGUGAGCAGGAGGGCAAAGAGCUGAGCACACUAGUGUUAUGGUGCUCUCAGAGUGCAACGCUCUGCACUGGAGGGUGAACCGAUUCAGGAGCGUUUGUCUUAAAUACUUUGCGUCUGUGUGCAGGGACCUGAGAGGAGAUGAAGCAACUCUGAUUACUUUGGUGUAAUGAGAGCGCUGGUCAUGGGCAGAUGAUGGAUGUGGAGACGUCGUAUUCAGACUUCAUCAACUGUGAUCGCACAGGCCGCAGGAACGCAGUGCCCGACAUCUCAGGAGAGGGGUCAGUAGCGACCAGCACCAGUGAACUUACCAAAGACAUGGCAGAGAUGGACCUGAAGGCUGCAGGAGGAGACCCAGGGUCCUCCCCAGCCCCAGAGGCGGAGGGCUCCAAUAGCCAAGCUGCCCAGGGAAGCGGAGGCCCAUCCUAAGCUCAGCCAGAGACCGAAGGGAGGCAGAGAAAUGUAGAGAGGAAGCAGGUGAAAGUAGAGAGACAUGGAGUAAGGAAAUGGAGAGUGUUGGUAUUGGUUCUCUUGACUGGACAUGAGGACACUUUCGCUCACUGCCGGCCUCUUUGGAGUUUCAGGGGCUCCAAAUGUUCGCCUUUUUAUUGAAUCCGAUUGUACCACGGGGAACAGAACAGAGUAGAACUGACAGCUGAGAUGCUGCGCUUUUGCUUUAUACUCUGUUAGUUAUUUAUAUUCCUGACGAGAGAAGAAAGCACAGAAACUUUGGAUUAAGGUCUGCGGAGAUGGACUGAGCUAAACAGAAUUCGUUCAUAACAACACUCGAAAUGUUGCUCCAGCCUAAUGUGGGACUGUCAUGGAGGGGUAUUCAUUAUCAUCUGUUUGUCAUUUUCUUUCUAUGUAUGUGUGUGUUUGUGAUCCUGGUGUUCAGUUUCACCGUCGAGUCUUUUCUUUAUAUAUUUACCAACAUAGUCCCCAUUUUACUGUCGUGUAUGGAAAUUCAUAUUUAUUGCUAAAUGUUCAGUGAUAACUUUGUGAUAGCAAUUUUCUUUGUGUAAUAAAAUACUUAUGAAUUACUGCAACGUUCGUAUUUUAUGUUUUCGUUGAUAAUUAACUAUAUUUUGCAGGUUGCCGUACUUAAAAUCUGAACCAGAGCAGGCAUAGAAGUUGUGAAGGUGGUGACUCUCAGCCAAACCGGGAUUAAUGAGUUCGGGGUUAAGCUGCACCAGAACCAUAAAUAAAACUGAACGCUGCUUUUGUGUGUAUUAGUGGCCACAGGAAGCUAAUGUUUACAUUUCCACAUAGCUUGGCCCCUUACUCCCAUUUAUCUCUUCAUACAAUAAAGAAAUCUUUAGUUACAAUAUUUGGGGGUUACGAGGCUUUUGAUAAAUGAUUAGAUCACAGAGAUUACUUCAUAUUAAUGAUCGGGCUUCCUUUGAAAGAUAUUUAAAGUUACCGUUGAUUUAAACUGUCACAGAAAAUAAAUGAUGGCAAGCAGGAACAUUUUAUAGUAGCUUUUAUUUUGUUUUCUUAUAAAUUCCAUAAAUGUGGUUAUAAAUGGAUGUGCUUUUUAAAAUUUUUUAAUAAAUACAUACAUCAAACAAGAGUAAAGAGAGAUGUUGUCUAUCUAGGUAACAGAAGUGUGCCACCUAGUGUACACAUGUAAGGCUAAACUUUUGGUAUUGAGCUGUGUUCGCCUGACACGCCCUGAAGUUUUGCACAUACAAGGGAAAAAGCACAUGUCUCUAACACUGGAUUACGAUACUUCACCUGCAACUGAACAGUGGAUAUUGAAAGUGAACUAUAUUUUGCAGUUCUUAGCCUCCACUGCUUUCAGUUAUCCUUCAUGUCAUUGUUUUCUUCAAACAUGAACGUUUAAGGUGUGAACUACAAAUAACCUCCCCUAUUUUUCCUUUUCCAGUCUGGUUAUGUGUUAAACCUGUUACUUAGAAGUGUAAUUGUGCAUUCAAUGCUUCCCUGAUUCUCUUUACAACAAAAGGAUGUAAACACAAGAUGAUAAAUACAGGAUGUAUUAAAAAAAAUCAUCAGAUUUCAAAAGGCUAUUUUCGUUUAAACAAUGGACAUAGACGCUUGCAGUAAAGUUUAAAAUAUAUGGCUGAAUAUAAAAUUUUACAUACAAAACGUUCACAAGUGAUCAAUGUGUUGUACUCGGGCCACACGGCGUAUGUCCGUACGAGAGUCAAACUCCUCCCACACUUUUGCGAACGUGUCUGGAGUCAACGGCUGCAGAAUUAAAGCACAUUGAAAUCGGAUGAUUCUUUUUGAUUCACCCUGUAUAUCCAAAGUUCUGAUAUAACACAAUAUGUUUCAUUCUAUAUUUUUGGACACAGCAGGGGACCCUGACUAUGUCCAAAACAAGCACCCAUAACUAACACAUUAAAGCUAUGCAAAUACUAAGUAUGAUUAAAAAGAAAUCUGGGAUCCGGCCCAUAAAAAUGCAAAAAACCCAAAUGUACAUUUGGGUAUUCUUCCUUUCAAGGUUAUCUUCUUCUGCAUCUCUUUACCACUUCCAGCACAGCUGCUGUUUUUAGAUUCCUUCAUAGACAUCUUAUUCUGUCCCCUUGUCUUCCUACCACUGCAGUAUAUGCUCCUCCUACAGCUUCCAGUGUUUUCCUAAGCCAACUGAGAGACAAUCUGGUGUUUCCUGAAUCUGCCUGAACCACCUCAGUGAGAUCUGUUCAAUGCAAAAGAGUAGCUCCACCAUGAAUGAGCUCCUCUCCCGGUCAUUUUAAAGUUAGCCCAGACACCUUCAAUUAGAUUUUCAUUUUACGAGGCAGAUGAAGCCACAGGGAGCCAAUUCUGGUAACCAGGGCUGGUUUUGAGUGAAGAUUUUGUGUUUUUUGUGUUUAAAAAAAAAAAAAUCUGUGCCUUUAAUGCCACGUGUGCCAUCACAGCUGAUGUUUUCUCUCUGUUGGAGGUCUGUGGUAAAAGUCACAAGCGUACACAAUGGGCCUUCUAUGGAACAAUAUAAAAAUAGCCGUGGUGCUGGAAGCGAUCUAGAGAUGUGCAAGAAGAAGAAGAAAAAAAAAAAAGCACAGCCAAAUUUAAAUUAUGUAUAGUUU